CCCGCCCCACCGCAGCCCCUCGGGCGGGCGCGCAGGAAGAUGGCUGAGCAAGGAGGCGGCAGCGGGGCGGCGCGAAGCGCUGGAGGCCGCGGCGUUGUGAUUUCAGACAAUUGGCCUGGAUACAGUCUGGAUUUGUUCACUUAUCCUCAGCACUACUACGGAGAUCUGGAAUAUGUGCUCAUACCUCAUGGCAUUAUUGUUGACAGGACAGAACGAUUGGCCAAAGAUAUUGUGCAAGACAUUGGAGACAAUGAUAUUGUGGUUCUGUGUGUCCUCAAAGGUGGCUACAAGUUCUGUGCUGACCUUGUGGAGCACAUUAAAAAUCUCAGCAGAAAUUCAGAAAGGUUUAUCUCCAUGAAAGUCGAUUUUGUUAGGCUGAAAAGUUACCACAAUGAUCAGUCUAUGCAAGAUAUGCAGAUAAUGGGAGGAGAUGAUCUUUCAAAGCUGACUGGGAAGAAUGUUCUAAUUGUGGAGGAUAUUGUUGGAACUGGAAGGACUAUGAAGGUUCUGCUUAAUAAUAUAGAAAAAUACAAGCCAAAAAUGAUUAAAGUGGCAAGCUUGUUGGUGAAAAGAACAUCUCAGCCUGAUGGGUACAGACCAGACUAUUAUGGAUUUGAAAUUCCAGAUUUAUUUGUGGUAGGUUAUGCCUUGGACUACAAUGAACACUUCAGAGAUCUAAAUCACAUAUGUGUUAUCAAUGAUCACGGCAAAGCAAAAUACAGAGUCUGAAGCAGUAACAUCCUCACCUGAAGAUUUGUUAGCUCAGUGAAGGAGAAAUUUUCUGUGCUCCCUCAAGCAUCUCCCAGACAAGCAGUUCAACUGACUUGGGUUUGUUUCAACUUGGUAUAAUAAGGGGUUUACUCUAGAGAUACUGAUUAAUAUUUACAGAAGUGAGAGCUCUUAUAAAAAAUAUGAAGUAGAGGGCUUUAAAAGUUACUACAUUUUUAAAAGUAUUAAAAUUACUGCACAAGAUGCCUUCUGAAUAAUAAUUUGUCUGCCUCAGUUCUCACUGUGAGUGCUUUUUGACUUUGCACACUCAGUCAUCCUACCCAGUGCAAUUCACUGUGUUGCAGGAGAUCAUUCAAAAGUGUCAUUCUGUGCAUGAAUAUUAUUUUACAGAAUUUUAUUGACUUCAGUAUCCCUUUAGUCUUGGUCAGAUAUGCUGCUGCCCCCAAAUUGAAAACAUUAUUUUAAUUUCACAGUUCAGAAUUUCCAUCUGAAGCUGGAUGUUCUAGGGUAACAGAUUUUGAGCAUUCCA